AUGGCAGCCUCGAAGCUGGAAAUCAAUUUCUGCCGUCUAUUGGAACGCUGCGAAGCGAUGGCCUCAGAAAUCCAGGAGAAUAAAGAAAACGUAAGCUGGAGGUUGGAAAAAGUGAGUUAUGGCAUUCAUCAAAAAAUUGUGUUCUACUGUUACCUCUCUAGGAUUUGAACAAACGGUCGACCCCAGCGGUCUGGUCGGGUUUGUAACAAUUUUUCACCGUUUUUCCACUCCAUAUUGCAGUAUGUUUUAACGCUACAGAGGCAAGCUGCCGAACUAAAAAAGUCAGAAAGGUUAGUUAUUAAAUGCAGAGUAAUAAGAUAAAAGUUAAACGAGCAAUACGUUAAUGUAAAAUAGUGCUUUUAAAUAAUAAGCUUAAAACAGCUGAUACAGGUAGUCUUUACUCUGACGAGUCUUUAUGUCGGGUCGAUUGUUUUUAUUAUUAAUAUUUUAGUCAUCACAUUAGAGCUUUUUUAUCAGUACCUGACCCAGUUAAAUAAAGGAGAAGAUAGUCUUUUCAUAUUAAAGGAAAGAGUUCAUCGUCUUGGUAUACCGACAAUGGACAUAGCUAGUUCACUGUUUAAUUUUGGUACCCCGAUAUGGCGGACUGAAGCAGACAUCUCCCUUUGGUAGCAGGCAGCGGUUGGCUGGCCUGAGCUAAAUUUAAGUUGUCUAGCAGUAUACAACAUUCUGAAAGGCAGAUGACUUGUGUCUCUAACGUACUGUAGGCAUCAGUGGUCAGGGAUGUAGAUAAUGAGGCCUUCCAAGGGGUAAAAGCGACAUGCGACACGGCCCUGAAAACUGGCGACAUGGGAAUUUUUAAAAAGCGAGAAGUGACAUGCCUACGCUGCUAAAAUGCGACAGCGACAUACUAAACAGUGAAAAACGACGGUGACAUUGGAAAGUUGUGCAUUUUAUCAAUAAAAGUGACUCAGAAUACAGGAAAUUGCAUUUCUGAGGGUUCAGAUUUUCCAAAUUUUCCCGCAGGAGCCUACCCUUAAAGAAGAAGAAGAAGCGUUCAUCCUUCGCCGCUCACAAAGUUUUGCCAACUGACCACCAUGAAAAUCCUGUUAUAGCCCUGUUGCGAAACAGUUUCUCGCAAAACAAAAAUUACUGGUACAGUUAUGUACACUUCAAAAAACGACAGCGACAUUUGCAGCUGUAGAUUAGGCGACAACGGUCUCCUAAAGCAAGCGACAUUGCGACACAGCUACCCCCCUUGGAAGGCCUCGAUAAUAGCCGGGAGCUGGGAAAAAUACCCGGCUGUCAAAAUUAUUUUUCCAGCUGAAAAAAAUGCAGUCUUUAAAAAGGCAACUGUUUUCUUCUCAUGUUAUCUGCCCAUCAAAUGCCAUUUCCCAUCGGUUAUAAAUUUAAGCUACAUCCCUUGUGGUUGGCUGGUAUCGGCUUCCAAGUUUCACUUUUUUGUCACUCUGUAACUAAACUUUCUUCAAUUCAAAGCAAACAUUCACAUGGUGAAAAAAACCUCUAAUGAAGAUACUGGUGGUUGUUUAAUUUUUUGCAUCACUAAUAAGUGUAGCCAGCAUUUCAGGUCAUGCCUCUUAUGAUUAAAAAAGUGGACCUUUUCAAAAACUGGGAAAUCAAAAUAUUCUGGUUCCAUCAGCUUGUCGAGUCACAUGUAAGAUACAUUUUUGGAAAUAAUCAAAACAUUAAAUAUUAAUUAUUUUUUUGUCUUGUUACAGCAAACCAAGUCCAGAUGCAAUGACUGAAUACAACAAGAAAGUAGAAUUCCUUAAAGGUUUAAUAGAAACACAGAAAAUGGUGAGACAGGGAUCAGUGUUUUGAAAUCUUAAGAUGCGCAUCUGUUGUUGCAUUUAAAUGGGAAAAAUGAAUAAAUAAAUAAAUAAAUAAUUAUUAUUAUUGUUUAGGAAUAAAUUAUUAGGAAAUGCUUGUCAUCAGAGAAUAUACAAGUACAAUAAAUUGUAUAUUGUUUGUAUGUUAAGUAUUUACCGCUGGUUGCAUGUAAGCGUGGACACGAGAUAAAAAAACAUGUUCUAAUAGGGUGCCUGACAUGCCGUUAAAGCGAACUGUCACACCAAAGGUAAGUUGUUUUUAUGUUUUUGAGUGGCAUGGUCUGCUCAUAUUUCAUUUAUUUUUACACAUUGACCUUCCAUACAUUGUCUCUGUUUUAUUUAGGUGAGUAAAACUUACAUGCAUAUGCAUGUAAAAAUUAUGGGACAGUGGAAAUCCACCAUCAGUCAUAAGGGGAAAUUCCAGGCACCCUUCAAUUUCUUCUGGCUCUGAAAAUACCAUAAUAAUUUAGGUUUGUGAGAAGCUCUCAAAUUCUCCUUUCCAAGGGUUUGUUCCCUUUAAUUUUCUAUUGCAGUUAGUGUAGAUCCAUGUUAAAUAGGACUUACCUUCACUUUGUUUUGUAGAAAACACCAACACAAAAACUUCUUGCCAGUCGGCAGUUAGUACGUCCACUGAGUCAAACAUCGAAUGCACAGACCACAGAGGGAGACAAAGGACAAACAGUAAACAGAGCACAAGAACUUCAUGUCAGGGCAAAGUCACAGAUUAAUAAAGAGAUGAGAAGUGAACUUCUGGCAGAAGGUGAGAAUAAUGCAGCUAAAAAUACUUCACUUCUGAUACAAUGCACUUGUAAGUUAGUUUAUUUGAUAUUUUGUUGAUUUUUGCAAGGAUCAUGCACAUAACUGGUUUACAUUCCUCGACACAUUAUGGUUUUCUGAACUUAAUAUUGUGAGUCACAAAACUAAGCACCUUACCAUGGCACAUUCAUUUUGCCUUGUUUGGGGACAUUUUGUGACAUGAAAUACUUUGAUUUUUUAAAAAUAACUUGAAUAAAAUAUUAUUUAAUUAAUUUAUUAGUGCUAGAAUUUAACAAGGAACCUUGCUCAUUUUCCAGAAAAUAAGAAAGACAGUCAUGGAGUGCGAAACAGGUGACUUAUUAUAUUUUACUUGCAUAUUACUAGUUUGGUCCCUUAGCCACUGUAGAUUUUAAAUCCCCCAUAAUCACUCUGUUUGCUCCCUACAUUUGGCAUAAACUAUAGUCUUCAAAUGUAGCCUACAAUCAAGCUCUUCGGGAUGCUCCGGCAGCGGGAAAAAGUUGAUGCAAAAUGCUUAUUGGCGGAGAUGACAUUAGUAAUGAUGUCAUUACCCUUGGCGUGUGCCGUCAUGUGUUUUUCAAUGCUUGUUUACCUUUGUGCGCAUUUCUGCUCUGCACUUACUUGCAAGCUGUCCUUCCUUUUCCUGCCCUGCUGCCAGAGUGCCCUGGAAAGAUUGCUCGCAGGCUACUUCAAAUGCUCCUGGGAGAAGUGCAUAAUUCCAAUGGCAUUUAAACACAAAAACUUUACUUAUAUACAAAACCAGGGAGGCAAGAGCAGUGUUUUUUGCAGUAAUUCAAAAAAUAAUAGUUAAUGGAAACAAAUCCCUGGUAGCAAGUCAGUAUUAAUGCUCUGGUGUUAACUUAAUACUUUCUGCAACAUUGAAUUGUUAGUUAGUGUGGUGAACAAUUAAAAUCUGCCUUCUAUAAAUAGCCUAUGUUCCAGCUCCAGGCCCACACAGUUUAAAACCUCAGGGUGUGUUUCAUUUGAAUGAUCCAAAUAAGGAUCAGUGACCUGUGAUCACUCGAGUUAUAGCACAUCAAAGGAUCAGACAAAUCGACCGUGGGAAAGGAUUCAUCAGUUCACUUGACGUACCAUGAUCUGAAUGAUCUCUGAUCUGGAUCACUCAAAGGAACUCUAACUAUAAUUAUAGCUAGGCUAUACGUGUAGUGUCUGCCAUACACAGGCUACCUGUUUCUGACAAACCCUUUUCUUGAAGAUUAACAGGGAACAAGAAAAGUGAUACAAAUGAUGAAAGCAUUGACUCUGUUCUACAAUACCAUCAGAACUUACAGGAAAAUAUAGCAGAGGAAAUGAUAAAAAUGGCUCAGCAUAUAAAACAUACAUCUGUCAUGGCCAGCAACAUUAUUAAAGAAGAUAACAAGGUUACUAGGAUGUUUGUGGUUUAAUAACAGUAAAUAACAAAUUAUUGGAUGAGGUCUUUUCCUGACAUCUGAAACAGACUAGGUGAAGUACAUAUUAUUGGCUGAAGCUGAUAACUCUUACCGAGACUUUGAUUAUUGCGAAUACCAUAUUUCUUUGAAUAAUAGCCGUCCCUGAAUUAAUCGCCACCCUUAAAUAAUUGCCCCCCUUUGAUGGAAAUGUUUAAAAUAAUCGCCUCCCCCACCUCUAUAGGUUACCCACUAGGGAUAGCCAUUGUGGAACUUGGAGGAUGGAGCUAAAGUGGAGUCUGAUUCAGCAAAACUCAUCAGUGAUGAUUCAAGCUCUGAUGCCAAGGAAAUUGACAGCAAAAAUUAAUCUGAAGGAACCAAAUUUGGAACACUUUAAAUGCCAAUGUUCUUUUAUCUGAUGUGAUUAUUUUUUUAUUUAAUGGGAAAAUAGAACAAAAUAUUUAGGGCAUGACUUCUAGUCAGCUAUAUUUGAAAUAGUGGCCUCCCUCGAAUAAUCACCCCCUUUUGGUGCAAAAAAAAAAUAAUAAUAAUCGCCCCCAGCUAUUUAAUUUGAGGAAAUACGGUAUCCCAAAAACCAAAUCCAAUGAGAAUUGUUUUAUUAAACACAGUUGUGAGGAAGAUAGUCUUUUGAUAAACACAUUGUUCUUGAAUACAAAGCUUUGUGCCCACAGUUUCAAGGCUGUUAUAAAUAUGAUCAGCUACCAAGGUGACUCCUGGCCUACUGUUAUAAAUUUAAUAGAAUAAAAAUAGAACCACAAGAAAUCUGUACCUGUUAGAUUCCCUGCCUGCUUGUUUCCUGCAACUUGAAAUCUUAGUGACAGCCAUGUAAAUUUGUAUCACUAAGUUUCUUUUCUAUUGUAGAGACGAAUUACCCAAAUUUUGGGCAAAACCACUGCCAAGAAUGCAAAAAGUCCACUUUUGGUUGACGUGCAUUAUUCAAAAUAAAGGCUUUAAACCGGCCCAUAUAAAGGAUAAUGCCUGAGCCCCAAGGCCUUGUUAAAAAUAAACCGAGCGCCUGAGUUCAUUGUUUUUAACUAGGCGUUGGGCCAAGGGGUAUUGGUUAAUUUACUUUUCCUUUGUUUUAGAACCAGCAAGUCAUAAUUAGGAUCUCCUGUUCCACCUCAGUGACCUGGGCUUUAAUUUAUUGAAAAGAAUAACUAAUGUUCAAAACAAUAGAAAGGUGCAUUAAUAACAAGGAAGGCGUAUUUACAAAUCGGUCAAUUUACAAAGGCUUCAUGUACAGACAACAGAGAUAAACUUUGAAAAACUUACUGUUCAAUUUUGUGUUUUGUUUUUUAGACCUUGGAGCAGUCAACAAAGCUUGCAGAUUCAAAUUUUGAGAAACUUCAACGAGAAUCAGAAAGACUUGAGGAAUUAACACAGACACCAUGUUCCUGGUGGAUCUGGAUUAUGAUAAGUACAGUCUGCAUAGUGUUUAUGUGGAUGAUUAUAUUUAUAAGACUUUUCCCAAAGAAGUGA